GACCUCAGCACCGGAAAUAGGAUGUAAACAAAGGCCAAAACGACGUUGGUUUUCGCCUUUGAGUUCUGUGUCUGUGGUUCUUGUUAGAGUUGAAAACAUUUCUUUAUAAAAAGGUGUUAUCUCCUAAUAGAACUGUUGGUUAACUAUAGCCGAAGUGAGUUAGCAGCUAGCACGCUAGCGUUGACAAAAAUGGACGAAAACAAGAUGGUUGCAGGGAAAGUGAAGAAGCCGGGAAAACGCGGUCGAAAACCUGCCAAAAUAGAUCUGAAGGCCAAACUGGAGCGAAGCCGGCAGAGCGCCAGAGAGUGCAGAGCAAGGAAGAAGCUGAGGUACCAGUACUUGGAGGAACUGGUUUCCAGUAAGGAGAGGGCCAUCUGCGCCCUGCGUGAGGAGCUUGAGAUGUACAAACAGUGGUGUUCUGCCAUGGACCAAGGGAAGAUUCCCUCUGAGAUUAAAGCCCUGCUUACCGGAGAUGAACAGAAGAUGCCUCAAGGUGGAAGCAGCACCAAGACAUCCAAGAGCAACAAAAACAGUAGCAACGGUCAGACUUAGUCUGAACGAGGCUAAACACUGAUGGGAACUUGCAUGUAGCUACUCCUUUAUCUAAAAUCAUGUGGUUAAGGGGUGUGUCAAAAAUACACAUGAAGAUGCCUUCAUCUAAGUGUUUCCUGGUUUCGGAUUCCUCCUCCUAGGUGUUGGACUUUGUUUAUGUCAUCUGAUUUAUAACUGCCUCUGUGUGAAGAUUUUAAGCCACACAGUAGAGUUAAGAAGAAAUCCUGAAACAGCUUGGUAAAAUUUAAAAUGCACCAAAAUAGCCAGUAGAAAUCAUUGUGUCGCUGGUGUCAUUUUAGAUGUCCGUAGGUUUAGUUUGGUCCUUUAUAAAUCUGUAGUUCUUGCUGUCAGUAUUUACAGUAUGUAUAGAUGCCCUCAGCUUUGGGCUAGAUUUGGCUGGUGUACUGUGAUAGUUUAGUGUGAUUGUUGCUCUAAAUUUAAUUUACGGUAUACACAGUUCCACCAAAAUGAGUAGAGACAUAAUUUAAGGCUGAAAAGUCAGACAGACUCUGGCUAAAAGCUAAGACCCAUGUUGUUAUGGGGACAAAAGAACAACAAAAUGUUCAGAAGGUCAAAUUAAACAUGAGGUUUACAGCAAUUCGAGCCUGUCAAUGAAAGUGCCUUCAUCAUUUCAAGUGUUACUUGUGCCGGUUUUAAACUGAGCUCAAUUUUUUUUAUUUUACAGAAAUAUUUUAAAAACACAACCACGACAGAUAAUAACAAAAUCAAUCAAAUCAGUGGGAGCUAAAAAACUUUAAAACACAAAUGCACUCUGCUGUAAAGUCUAAGGACCAGGAGUCAUAAUGUGCAGUGAUGGCACUCACUAUGUUUGGCAUAUGUUUGAUAUGUGUGCUUGAAUUGUUUGAUAGUGUUCUGACUUGAUAAUGUUGAGCUAAUAUUUGUGAAUAACAUGGCAAUGAUACAUAAACACUUACUUUAUAUUUAUAUCUGCUCUUUUCUCUGCAGCAUCGUUUCUAAUAUUGAUUUAAUUUCUGACCCAGUUUAAAGCUUUUUUAUGGAGGUGAUGAAAAGCCUCGUUAAAUAACUGUGCACUUUCUUUUAUUUGCCAGAAGCACUUUGUUAGAAGUUUGUAUGUUUGUAAUAGAAGGGUGACGCUUUGCAGUGAAAUGUGAAUCUUUUUGUUUUUGAAGCUAAAUAAACAUAUUUGAGUCUGCA